GAGAAGCGGAGAGGACAAGAAACAGCAGGAGCAUUUUUCAUCUCGUAAUUCAGACUUGUAUUUACAAACAGUGCACCCAGCAACAUGCAUCUGCACAUGUUAGUGGUGCUUGUGCUUUGCUCUUGUACCUGUGGAGAAAACCCUGCAAUUCAAAUGAUCCUGAACAACAAAGGACUUCAGUAUGCAAAAAACACAGUUACAGACUGGACUCAGAAGAUUUUGGGGAACAUCACCCUCCCCGACAUCAGUGGUAAAGUUCACAUAGGCUUCUUGGGCAGCAUAGACUACACACUAACAGGCACUAGUGUAAGAAAGUGUGACCUCCCACAACCAUCUGUUGAGUUCUCACCUGGAACCACAGGAGUCAAUGCAUCCAUGUUAGGCCUCAGUGUUGCACUAACUGGAGAGUGGAAGACACACUAUGGCUGCAUACAUGAUGGUGGAUCCUUUGACAUGGCUUUGUUUAAUGUGGAUGUGGUAUCUGCAGUGGAGCUGGGGGAAAAUGCUGACGGGCAUUUGUCUGUCACCACUGUCAGCUGUGACGCUCAAGUUGGAUAUGUGGACAUACGCUUCCGUGGUGGAGCGAGUUGGAUGUUCCGACCAUUUGUGAGCCAGUUCAGACAACAUAUCAGACGUAAAAUAGAGAGCAGUAUUUGCUCUCAUGUGGAGGAAUUGACUGCAGACCUAGACUACCAUCUACAGACAAUGAAUGUUUCCUUUGAUGUGGGUCAAGCUCUUACGAUGAACCUCUCUCUCACUGGUUCGCCUGUCAUUGAUGUUUCAAGUCUGAAUCUAGGACUGAAGGGAGAGUUCUUCAAUAUUAAAACUCACAGUGAGCCUCCAUUUGAUGCCCAGCCUUUCACUGUGCCUGAGCAGCACGGCUACAUGUUUUCAGUGGGUUUGUCAGAAUUCACCCUGAACUCUGCUUCCUAUGGAUUGUACUCCGCCGGAGUGUUUCAGGCCUUCAUCACCGACAGCAUGAUCCCUCCAGACUUUCCUCUGCACCUAAAUACCAGCUCAAUGGGACCAUACAUCCCUCAGCUCCCAAAAAUGUUUCCAGGUCUGCCAAUGAAUCUGCAGGUUUAUGCCACAGAGGUUCCCAUGUUUUCCUUCCAGUCUGGUGUUGUUAGACUGGGUUUCCUGGGUGCUGUCAAGGCUUUUGCAAUCCAGUCAAACGGUACUCAGACACCACUGUUCAAACUCAGUGUGAUCUCAAACUUGAGCAGUAGAGCAUGGGUUGAUUCUGGAAGAGUGAAAAGCUCGAUUUCACUGGACAAUUUUACUCUGACACUGAUGGAAAGUGAAGUAGGAGCCUUUAAGAUCACAGCUUUAGAAAAAUGUACAAGGAGAGGAAUUGAAAUGGGCUUAGCAAAGCUGAAUGAGUAUUUGGGAAAAGGUGUACUUUUACCCAGAAUGAAACAAGCACAGCUGGUCAACUCAGUUCUGAAGGUGGAGCAGGGAUUCAUAGCCAUCUUUUCAGACGCUGAAGUGUCAACAAACAGACGCUUCAAACAACAGGCAAACACACUUGUGUAUCUUUGAUAGUGACAAACGUACGAGUGUGUUUAGAAGAUAAAAUUGCUUCUAUCCCAGUCUGAUCUUAAAAUGAAAAUAAUUACCGCUCGACUAUAAAAUGCAAAUUCAGAAUUAACACACAUUCAACCAUUGCGAGAAAUCAACAAGUCUGCAAUUCAGCUUCAAAUGUUGUAUAUAGGCUACACACUGCCAGGUCUUUCUAUAGAAUAAUAAAAUCACUUUUUAGGGUUCAAGUACAAGGUGCGUAGAACCCUAUUGAAACUGAA